AUGGGUUGUACAUCCACAAAAUUAAAAAAUAAGAAGGAUCUAUGCUUUAUAAAUGUUCCUCUACAAGCUGGAAGAAAAAUGAGCAAAGAAGAAGGAAUCAUUACCAGAGAAUAUAAAAUUAAACUCGACAAGGAUCCACUAAGGGAAAAAGUAGAUAGUUAGUGA